AUGUUUUGGACCUUAUCCCAUUUUCUAUUAAAAAAUAUUUUUUAAUUUUUUUAUCUUAUAAUUAUUCAAACACAAAAAUCAAUAAAAAUUUAUAAACUUUAAAAUAAAAAUUAUAUUAAAAAAUUAUCUUCAAAUAAAAGUCUAAUUUUAGUAAUAAUUUUAGUAAUAAUUUUAUCUUUAUUUUUUUUCUAAAUUCAAUAAAAAAAGUUUCGCUCAAAUCAUUUCGUAAAAUUAGGUGGCAACGAACCUUUUGUUUGUUAGUUUUGGAGAGAGGACCAAACCAGCCUUUAACAGAGCCUAUCAUAGAGGGGGAGAGAGGCGACGCUGGAGAGAGGCUCUAAGAUUUGCUGGGACGGAGCUUGAUUGCGCUUCUCGAGGUCCGAUCAUCGGGCACUUCCUUUGUUGAACAGGACUUCGAAUUUGCAGGUUUCUUCAGCGUAAAAGAUGAGUACACUCGAUGCAACUAGGGCAGAACUUGCACUUGUUGUUUUGUAUUUGAGCAAGGCCGAAGCCAGGGACAAGAUAUGCAGGGCAAUACAAUAUGGCUCCAAAUACUUGAGUAAUGGAGAGCCUGGUACAGCCCAAAAUGUUGACAAAUCAACUAGCUUGGCAAGGAAGGUUUUCCGUCUUUUCAAGUUUGUCAAUGACUUGCAAGCUCUUAUCAGUCCAACUCCGCCAGGAACUCCCCUUCCUAUUAUUUUGCUUGGAAAGUCCAAAAAUGCAUUACUGUCAACCUUCUUGUUUCUUGAUCAAAUUGUGUGGCUUGGUAGAACGGGCAUUUAUAAGAACAAGGAACGGACAGACCUACUUGGCCGCAUCUCUCUCUAUUGUUGGCUGAGUGCCUCGAUUUGUACUACUUUGGUUGAGGUUGGGGAGCUUGGAAGACUUUCUGCAUCAAUGAAGAAGUUAGAAAAGGAUCUUAAUAAAAAUGAUAAAUAUCAAAAUGAGCAAUACCGAGCCAAACUUAAAAAAUCAAAUGAGAGGUCUCUGGCACUAAUCAAAGCAGCCUUGGAUCUAGCAGUAGCUGUUGGUCUGCUUCAGUUGGUACCCAAGAAAGUUACUCCCCGUGUAACUGGAGCUCUUGGAUUUGUUAGCUCACUUAUCUCUUGUUAUCAGUUGCUUCCAUCGCCAGCCAAGUCCAAGGCACCAUGAAAAGAGAAGCAUCUCCUCAAUGAGCUUCAAUGUUUAUUUAAUUACUUAGAUUUGUGAGAUUUAACUUGGUUUGAGUUUAAGCUAUUUGCCUAUUAUCUCUGUUGUUAUUUCAUAAUAAUUAGCUGCUGGUAACAGUAAGAGUGGAUUUACUUGUUAUCAGACAAACUUGUAGAUCAAUAAAGGAAGAUCAUAUUUUUAUAUGACA